AUGCGCGCGAGAACGAGGACGAGACGCUCUCAGUAUCACUCGUUUUGGAAAAUGAUACAUUACCUCCUUCCGUUCCUUUUUCUGCUUCUUCUAACCGAAUCAUCGCGGAGUAGUCGCGCGCAUAAAGACGACAGGAGAAGACACGCGUCGACAACAACAUCGACGACUUCUUUCGAACCACCACCGGCUCCACCACAAAUAGAUAAGCGCGCGUUCAAUUACAACAGAACCAUCGCGCACAAAAUGGAAAAAGUUUUAGAGAAGGAAUUCGCGGACGACGAUUUGGACGAGGAGAAGUAUCACAAGGAGAAAGAGGAAGAGUUGCUAAAGUUGGAACGCGAGAGCGGUGGAGUAAGAGAAGGAAGCGAAAGCGUGAUGAAGAAAAGUAGGAAGAAAGCGAGCAGUUCGAACGAGAGCGAUGCUGUGAGUUCUGAUAUCGUGGAGGCGAACAUGACGCAGCGCGCGAGACGGAAGCAGAAGAUGAAAGCGUUGGUGUCAAGAACCGAGGAUAUUUUACUGCGAAUAGAUGAAGCUUUGAGUCGAGAGAGCGAAAAGAGAGCGGAAGGAGGAGAAGCGGAGACGUUGGUAGAUAGCGAAGGAAACGAGUACGUUUUGGAACGAACGGAGAAGAGAAAGCAGACUUCGAUGCAAACGGAUUCAAAUUUGACGAGAGAUAUCGUGUGCGUGUUCGUGUUUAGCGUGGUGAUGUCGUUGAUAUUUUCGAUUGUAGUUACCGGUGGAAAUAGGAAUAGAAAGAUGUUUCAAAGUGCUCCGUCGUCUGAUUUCGUAGGCUUCUUCGUUUGCGGUGCAUUGGUUGGACCUUUCGGCUUGCGCUUGGUGGACGAGCCGGUGCAAUUGGAGACGUUGGGAGAAUUUGGCGUAAUCGCGCUGUGUUUUUCAGUCGGUCGAUUGUGUGAUGCGAGUAUAUUUGAGAAGAUUGGACGGAAUAGUACUAGCCGAUAUUUUUCUUUCGUACGUCGAAGUCGAAGCAGUUCUAUUGUGAUUGCAAAUGUCGCGAUAAGUUCCUUCAUCGGCGCGCUGUUAGGGGUUGCGACGAAAAUCGGCAUCUUGAAAGGGAUAGUGAUUGGCGCGAUAUCUGUCUUUGAUGGGUCCAAUUCCGUCGUCGUCGUGAGCAAAUCAAGUAGUGCGAAUUUGGUCGACAGUGCGAAUUCACUAGACGGUAACGGUGGAAGCACGACGAGCAUGGACAGUUUAGCUGGUGAAGAAUCCAGUCAUCUCUCCUCACUGACCUCACCGCAAUCCUCGAAGAGAACAAACGACGAAUUGAACGAGAGCAACAUCAUGCGAUGGUGGACUGGAAUCGCAUUCGCAAUUGCACGAAAUUGGAACACGACGAUCUUGUUUUCUCAGUCCGUGGCGAAUAUUGUGUACGCGCUCGUCAUGUCGUCGUUCGUGACGUUUGUCGUCGCUUCGCGUUUUAGUGGCCGCGAUAAGGUUCGCGCCGGCGUUGCGACGAAAUGGAAUAGCAAUACUAAAACACACGCGAGCGAGCACUAUCAAGCCGAGAAGAAACUGAUUUUUAUGUGUGCAACGUGCUUGUUCUUCGCUCGGCUGACUGAGAUGUUCAAUUUAGGUUACGAACUGGGUGCUUUCGCGUUUGGGAUUGCGUGUCAUCACAAUCGCAGAGGAGAGGAGAGCUUGGGUGUAAAUACCGACGACGACUUUGAAAAUAAGCGCGGUAAUUUUGCCAAAAAAGACGAAAAUAACGGUGACUUGGAAUCGCAGCACAAGGGUAAGAAGAAACAAACUCACAACAAAGUAGUUGGUUCAGACCUACUAAGAGCAGCGCACGCUUUAGCGUUCACGGCUAUUGGCAUGAACGUUCGCAUGAACUAUCUUCGCGAGAAAUUGAUUCCGUUGACGCUAUCAUCCGUCGCUUUUAUUAUUCUCGUUCGGAAAUUGAGAACAUCGUUGCGCAAAGGCGAAACGAGCUUGGUGAAACAUUCCGUUGCGUCGCCUUUCGCUUCAUACACGCUUGGCGAAACGACGAGCGAACGGAAAGACAUCAAGAGUUACAGCGAUGUCAUCACGUUGCUCUUGCUAAAGCGCUCGCUUUUCGCGAACGGCAUUUCUUUGAAUGCGUAUCACUUUGCGUUUCACACGCAAGUCUUGUGCAUAUUUUGUAUUUGGCCACUCAUGGACUACUUCAUCUGGCGAAGGAGUCGCAGGCAUCAUCGCGCGAAAUCGAGGAAGCGCAAUUUUUAG